AUGGCAUCAGAAAAACUCAACGACGUAGCCACCGUUUUCCAGAAUCUCCAUCGUCCUGGUAAACCGGUCGUCCUGGCCAACGUGUACGAUGGCGCUUCGGCCUCGGUCGUCGCACCGCUCGCAUCGUGCGCGGCCUUGGCUACGGCUUCAUACGCCGUCGCGAAGGCCGCUGGGACCGAGGACGACGAGCUGACUCUCGAGCAGAACCUGAGGGCCGUCCGGGUCGUGGCCAAGGUCGCGGCGCGGCACGACAAACCGCUCUCGGCGGACCUGCAAGACGGCUACGGAGACAGACUGGCCGAAGCCGUCACGUCGAUCGUGCAGGCGGGGGUCGUUGGCAUCAACCUCGAGGACUGUGACAAGGACGCACAGCAGAUGUACCCCGUCGACGUCGCCGUGGAACGCAUCACGCUCGCCUUGAAGACCGCCAGAGAUCUCGGCGUCCCCAAUUUCGUGGUCAACGCCCGCUGCGACACGCUGGUCCGCGGCGGGGGCGUGGACGAGGUCAUCGCACGGGGAAAGAGGUACUUGGACGCCGGAGCCACCACCGUCUUUGUGUGGGGAGGCGGCCGGCGCGGUGUGAGUCGAGCCGAGGUGGAGAGAAUGGUCCAAGAGUUCGACGGCCGACUGAGUGUGUCGUACCUGUUCUUCCACGGGCUGAGUGUCAAGGAGUUGGCGGAGAUUGGCGUCGCCAGAAUCAGUGUUGGCCCGAAAAUUCAGGCGUUUGCCAUGAAGGAGUUUGCAAAGAGAGCAGAGGAGUUGCUUGACCAAGGCAGAUGA